UUAAACCUGGUAGACCAAAGUGGUACAAUGCCCCGAUUUACUGUGCAUGUACGAGAUGAGUGGCUGACCGUGCCCUGUAAGGAUACAUCCUGCUCUAUACAGUGGUUAGGAGUGGAGGCUCUCAAGCGAUAUGUUAAAAACAAGCCUGAUAAUGGAGGCUUCCCUCACGUCAAAGAUGUCUGUUUUGUGGCCAGGAGGUGCCAGGGCCAAGGACUGCUGGAUGCUGAUGAUACGAUAGAUGACGUCUUGGAAGACAAUGACUUUGUUGAGCUUGAAAUAAAAGGAGACACCAUGUCUUCUGAUUUUAUUCCUAGCCAGCCUGGAAUGUCAUAUCUAACAAGAGCCUACAGAGAGCCAGAGGAGUACCUUUUCCUAGAUGGCAACAGUCUCAAUUCUACUGAUCUAGUCAACCUAGGAAGAGGCCGUUACAAGAUUAAGUUGACCCCUGAGGCUGAGAGAAAAGUCGAGCAGUCCAGAGAACUUCUGGACACCAUAGUGAAAGAAAAAAAAGUUGUGUAUGGAAUCACCACAGGAUUUGGGAAGUUCGCUCGGACCGUCAUCCCAAUCAGCAAACUCAAGGAACUGCAAGAGAAUCUUAUUCGCUCACACUCUGCAGGUGUGGGUAGCCCUCUGAGCCCGGAGAGGACUCGCAUGCUGUUGGCCCUCAGAAUAAAUAUCCUGGCUAAAGGACACAGUGGGGUUUCUCUGGAAACCCUGCACAGUAUGAUACAGGCAUUCAAUGCGUCCUGUUUGUCUUUCGUUCCUGAGAAGGGAACAGUGGGUGCCAGUGGAGACCUUGCUCCGCUCUCACACUUAGCUCUGGGGUUAAUGGGAGAAGGAAAAAUGUGGUCACCUAAGAGUGGAUGGGCCGAUGCAAAAUAUGUUUUGGAAGCACACGGGCUAAAGCCUAUAUCACUGAAACCAAAAGAGGGUCUGGCUCUGAUUAAUGGGACACAGAUGAUCACUUCACUAGGUGCAGAGGCUGUAGAAAGGGCAGAGUCCAUUGCCAGACAGGCUGAUAUCAUUGCUGCGCUCACCCUGGAGGUCCUAAAGGGAACCACGAAAGCGUUUGACAGUGACAUCCAUGAGCUGCGUCCCCACCCAGGACAGAAAGAGGUGGCCUUGCGUUUCCGUGCGCUUCUGGACUCUGAUCACCACCCUUCUGAGAUUGCAGAAAGCCAUAGGUUUUGUGACCGUGUCCAGGAUGCCUACACCAUGCGUUGCUGUCCCCAGGUCCAUGGCAUCGUCAACGACACGAUUGCUUUUGUGAAAAAUAUCAUAAAUACAGAAAUUAACAGUGCUACAGAUAAUCCUAUGGUCUUUGCUGAAAGGGGAGAGACCAUUUCAGGAGGAAACUUCCAUGGAGAAUAUCCAGCAAAGGCACUAGAUUAUUUGUGUAUAGGAGUUCAUGAAUUGGCAUCCAUCAGCGAGAGGCGUAUCGAGCGUCUCUGUAACCCGUCUCUCAGUGAGCUACCUGCGUUCCUAGUUAAUGAAGGAGGACUGAACUCAGGCUUUAUGAUUGCACACUGCACUGCAGCAGCACUCGUUUCUGAAAAUAAGGUGCUGUGCCACCCCUCCUCAGUGGACUCUCUAUCCACCAGUGCAGCCACUGAAGAUCACGUGUCCAUGGGAGGAUGGGCUGCCAGGAAAGCUCUAAGAGUGAUCGAACAUGUGGAGCAAGUGCUGGCUAUUGAAAUGUUAGCAGCUUGUCAGGGUAUUGAGUUCCUUCGGCCACUCCACACCACAACGCCUUUGGAGAAAGUGUAUGACCUUGUUCGCUCUUUUGUGAAGCCCUGGAUAAAAGACAGGUUUAUGGCUGCAGACAUUGAGACUGCCCAUCGUCUUCUCAUAGAACAGAAAGUUUGGAACGUCGCUAAGCCAUACAUUGAGAAGUACUGCACAGAGCACUUCCCCGAAUCACGUCCUUCUUCCCCGACUGCAUUCUCUCUGGAGUCACCACCAUCUCCGCAGAAACGAGUGCGACUGGAGUGACAGAGAUGCUACACACUGAGAAUAAACACGACAUAGGCCAUCAUUAUUUACACAAUGCUUAUAAAGGUGUUUAUGUACAAAUGUGCAGCGUAUAACUGAUUGUUCUGGGUACAACUGUAGGUCUCAACUGUAA